UCAGCUGAAGUCAUCCAGGCGGCAGAGUCCUCUGUGGAUCCAGCAGGGGGAUAAGCUGCAGCCGUCUGUCUGUCCCACCAGGCUGUGUUGCUGUUAGCACUCCUUCCUGGAGCUGCUACCGCUGAGCAUGCGCUCGGUUCCUACACACCACUGGACAGAAGGGACGCUUCUCAUCAGCACUCUCACGAUGAAGGAAUGGAUCGUUGAGCCCAAGGUUCUGAAAGCGCUGUCACAGAGCUGUUAUUCAUCCCUGCAUCAUGGAGGAUCGGCCAGGUGCAUCAUGGGAGCUCAUCAGCAGUGCGACUGAUACAAUAUAUGAAGACUGAGAGGUCGUCAUGGAGACCGGCAGCUACACGUCAGGCCCGGCCACUACUGAUGGGGUUCGGACAGCCGCUGGGCUGGAGGGACUCGGAGACCUUCAGGAGCGAGGAGGCGGCGGCUCUUUCAGCACCCCUGCGUCCUGGUACCCUCCGUACUCGCUGGGCUUCCAGGUGUCACUCACCGCCUUCCUCAUGCUGGAGCUGGUGUUGGGAUUCAGCAGCAACCUGACUGUGCUGGUGCUCUAUUGCUCCCAAUCCAAUUUAGUGGACUCUGUGAGCAACAUGGUGACCGUCAACCUCCACGUGCUGGAUGUGGCGGUGUGCGUGCUGUGUGUGCCCCUCACUCUGGUUGUUGUUCUUCUGCCUCCGGGACCCAACCUGGCCUUGGUGUGCUGCUUCCACGAGGCCUGUGUCACCUUUGCCAGCAUCGCCACAGCCAUCAACAUCCUGGUUAUCAGCUUGGACCGAUACGACAUCUCGGUACGACCGGCCAACAGGCUGCUGACGACACACAGGGCGGCGUUGCUGCUGAUCGCCGUCUGGAUCACCUCGGUCGCUGUGUUUUUUAUCCCAUUCUUGGAGUUGCAGUGGUCCACCGAAGAAGAAGCAGGGGAGACGGGGCAAGAGAAAUCCUUGCCUUUGUCCUCGUAUGACAUUAGUUCCACCGUGGCGCCAGCAUGGCGUAACCGGACCGUCCUAUGUGUUGGUGGUCAGGGCUUUCACACCGGCCCCGGUAGGUAUUACCAUCUUAUCCUCCAAGUGCCCAUCUUCUUCACCACGGUGGCAGUCAUGUUGUUUACCUACUCCAGAAUAUUGAGGGCUUUAAACAUCCGCAUCGGUUCCCACAUGAAAAAGGGCCAGCGGUUCAGGGGCCCCUCCUGCAGAGGGCGCCACAAGAGACAAAAAAAGGAGAAGCCGGGCCUAACGACUGAUGGUGGGGAGUUAGGAGGAGAACAGUGCACGACAGAUAAUACCAAACAGCUCAGCCACCCUCCCCUCAUCCCAUCCCCAACCCCGACAGCUACCUCCCCCCAUGCCCUGUCCUCCUCUGCUCCGCUCGUCAGCUCUGACACGGGCGCUGCCACCCCCAUGCCAGCCACAGUGGGCGUUCAGGCUUCCGUGUCGGCCAUCAUCGCCCUGCGGCGGGCAGUGAGACGACAUCGAGAUCGUCGAGAGCGUCAGAGACGUGUCUUUAAGAUGUCCCUCAUCAUCAUUUCGACCUUUCUGGGCUGCUGGGCUCCCCUCUCAGUGACCAACGUCCUAAUCCUGGGAAUCGGCCCCAGCGACGUCCUAGUCAGCCUACGCCUCUGGUUCCUCGCUCUGGCUUACGGAACCACCGUCUCCCACCCGCUGCUGUACGCUUUCACCCGACAGAAACUGCGCCGUGCCCUUCGCGCCAAGGUUAAAAAGAGGGUGGUGUCCCUGCUCCAGGUAGACCCUUCUCCAGGUGGGGCUGUCAUACACAACUCCUGGGUGGACAACCGAAAGACCAGCAGGCAGGUGCGUCUAGAAGCGAGCGAAGGCACCGAACGCUGCCUGGGAGAAGCCCUGUGAGACUGAAACAUGCAGGUCAGGCUCCAUAAUGAAGCUCACCGGUGCGAGAAGCCGGUGUGAGAAAUGUGCAAAUCACAUUUACACCUUGGGGAGACGUUUAAAUGUAACCACCAGCACCAAGCUCCUGCUACACUCUCACCUCAGCGCAGGCUGCAGUGGAAGCAGGGUGUCACAAUCACUGUGGCGCUCACAGCCUCUGCAGAGAAUCAUUCAACACACACUGUACAUAGUUUGCACUCUGUGAGUCACUGAAGUCUAUUUACAUAUGGAGCUGAAUAAUAGAGCAUCCUCAUAGUGGUGCUUACAUAACCGAUGAAUGUGUUUAGCCAGCAGAAGAUAUCAUCUGCCUUCUCCCACUUAAAGCCUCCAAGGCUUUAAAAAAAUGUCGAUACACUUCAAACACAUAAAUUCUUUGAAUGUAUUUAAUAUUAUCUCUGCCUUAAACGUUCCGCUAAAAGGUAUACUGUGCAUUCGGAACAAAAAAAGGGAGCAUGUCAGAUAUUUAAAUGGAAGGCUCAGUGACAGCUGAUGAACUUUUAACUUUUCAGGGUCAGCCUGGGAGAGAGACGAUAAAGAACAAGUCAGAGGACAGUUAAAAGUGUAAAUUAGUAAAUCAAGUUUUGCUUUAGUGUGAGUUUAUCGUGUGCUAAGAUAUUAAAGCGCUUGCAUAAGAUUUCGCAACACUUCUUUUGCCCCCCAGUUUAUAGCAAAUGGUGUAAUAUAUUAUUUGGUAUUGCAGUCUAGCUGUCUCCCCCUGUUUCCACUCGUUAUGCUAAACUAAGUUAACUGGCCGCUGGCUGUAGAUUCGCGUUCACUGUUAGCAUGAGAAAUCUUCUCAUGUGACUCGUGAUGGGAAAGAAAAGACACAGCUCAUCAUUCACAGAUACUGUGUUUAUUCCAGGUCUAUAGUCUUAGACUGCAUUUUAGAUGUAAAGCUGUUUAGAAGAAAAUUCAUGUAAAUGAUGUAAAUACUGCCCACAUGAUGAAACUGAAGUGUGUGGUUAUAAAACGACUUUCCUAGAGCAGAGCAGUGAUCCAGCCGCCUCGUCCCUGUGUCGUUGCACCCAGACAUGCGGUCCCGCAGGUCAGCCCCUCCCAGAGGAGUGUAACGGUCACCACAGCUGGGCCCUGACGGCUUCCUGGCGUUAUAAAGAGUAGUGUUGACUUUACCUGCUUGUGUUCACUGCUCCAACACUGUACUCACGCUAUCGUUCAUUGCAGCGGCCGUGUGAUUUAUCACACUAAUAAUGCAUUAGUGAAUGUUAACAAGUGAAAAUAUAUAUUAUAUGUACACCAAGAAUAUCUUUAGAAGUUUUCUCCACAGUGUUUUUAUGUGAAUGUGUCACAAAACAGUGAAUUAAAAGAAUGAAUUGA